AGUUCCCCAGCUCUCGCCGCCGCCGCCGCCCGUGUAGUUGCAGCCGCGGCAGUCUCCCGCCAGCUCGCCCCGGGGGAAGAGAACGCGCGCGAGCUCGGGCGUCCCCGCCCCAGCCUUUCCCGGAGCCAUGAAUCCCAAUUGCGCCCGGUGCGGCAAGAUCGUGUACCCCACGGAGAAGGUGAACUGUCUGGAUAAGUUCUGGCAUAAAGCAUGCUUCCAUUGCGAGACGUGCAAGAUGACACUCAACAUGAAGAACUACAAGGGCUACGAGAAGAAGCCCUACUGCAAUGCACACUACCCCAAGCAGUCCUUCACCAUGGUGGCUGACACCCCGGAAAACCUCCGCCUCAAGCAACAGAGCGAGCUCCAGAGUCAGGUGCGCUACAAGGAGGAGUUUGAGAAGAACAAGGGCAAGGGCUUCAGCGUGGUGGCAGACACACCGGAACUCCAGAGAAUCAAGAAGACCCAGGACCAGAUCAGUAACAUAAAAUACCACGAGGAGUUUGAGAAGAGCCGCAUGGGCCCCAGCGGGGGGGAGGGCAUGGAGCCUGAGCGCCGAGAUUCCCAGGACAGCAGCAGCUACCGGAGACCCCAGGAGCAGCAGCAGCCUCACCAUAUCCCGACCGGCGCCCCAGUUUACCAGCAGCCUCAGCAGCAGCAGCAGGUGGCCCCAUCCUAUGGUGGCUACAAGGAGCCUGCAGCCCCAGUCUCCAUACAGCGCAGCGCCCCAGGCGGGGGCGGGAAGCGGUACCGCGCUGUCUACGACUACAGCGCCGCCGACGAGGAUGAGGUCUCCUUCCAGGAUGGCGACACCAUCGUCAACGUGCAGCAGAUCGACGAUGGCUGGAUGUACGGGACCGUGGAGCGCACCGGUGACACGGGGAUGCUGCCAGCCAACUACGUGGAGGCCAUCUGAGCCCGCUGGGCCCCGCCCCGCCCCAUCCUUCAGUGCAUUCCACGGCAUCGCAUCCAUCCUGGGCGUGACCUGUCCACCCUUCAGUGUCUCUGUGUUUUUAAAUCUGCGACAGCUUGUUUCUUCCCACCCUCCAGCUUCUUCUGCGAACUGAAGCCUUGUUCUGCCACUUUCGCGGGCUCCUUCCUCCGGCACGUUUUCCCCUUGACCAACCUCCUGGUUUUCUCUCUGGAUGGAACAGGUGUGGACUUUUCUGGGGGGGUCCGAGGCCCGUGGGGCUGGCCUGGAAUGGGAGGCCCAUCGGCGCCCAAGCCUCUGCCUUCUCUCUUUUACGGCCUCCUCAGAUACUCCCGCCCACCUCCUCACACCCAAACAUUCCAGGGCUGGGGUGACCCCAGACCCCCAGGACUCCCAGGACUCCCAGGGGAGGGGCUCCAUACAUUCCCGGGAGUGGGGCCCCACCUCCCUGGCCCCUGGGAUGGACACGGGUCGGGGACUGCCACUGUGUAGGCACUAGUGAGAGGGCUUUGUUCUCAAAGAUGGGGCUGCUGGCCCUCUGGUCCCCUCAUCCCCCUCUCCCCUUCUCAAAAGACAACGGAGGAAGGUGAAAGUCCCGCUUUGGGGUUCAUUCCUCCUCCCCACAUGUGUCCUCCUCACACUGUGAUUUUCUCUCCUGCCCACACAGACCUGGUGUGGGCUAGGAGCUCCCCAGGAAGCCCGGCUUGGGUGAAGUUCUGGCCUUUCUUACUUUUAGGGACAGCUGCAGGAAGGAAGGGAACAGGGUGUUCUCUCCCGUAGCCUGUUUUUUCCUUCACUCCUACCCCCAACCUCCAGGGACCCUGGCUCGCCUCCUUGGCUGGAAGCCGAGGUCCUGAAAGGUGGGGCAAGAAAGCCUCAGGCCUCUUGGCCUUGGAGGCCCAGCCCCCGCGAUCUGGGCUGGGGGGGCCGCUCCUCCCUACUCCUCCUGGGAAGAUGCCCUCCCCGCCCCCCCAAGUGCACCGGAACUGUGCAAAGCCACGGGACCCUGUAUCUCCAGGACUUAGCGUGUGGGGGAAGGAGUGUGUGUGUCUGUAGGUGUGUCAGCGAGUGUGUGAGCGUGAGAGCGAGCGAAGGGCAGGGUGUGGCCUGCAGAAGUCUCUGGGCUUGUGUGAAGGUGCACAGAACUGUUUUCCCCUGAUAUUUUCCUCAAAACCCACAGUGAGGGAGGAGGGUUGGCCCUGCGGGGGAGAAGGUCCUUACGUUUUCUUUGGAAUGAAAAUUCCUCCUGUCCCCAAGUGGAAGAAGCCUAUCUACCCCUCUUGCAGUGUGCUGGGCAGAAGGGGAUGAUUGAAGAUUGGUGGGGGCUGAUAUAGCCUCCUGGGGUGUGGUACGGGGAAGGCUUCAUGCCUCCAGGCUUAUUCUCUCCCCCCAUCUCUGUCCUGCACUGCCGAGCAGGGGCCAGAGGACCCCGUGUUACCCACACUGUGGGUGCCUUACUCUGGGGGCCCUCCCCCCCAGGCCCCUCCCUUACCUAAAGCCCCCUUGAGGUGUUAGGAGAGGGUCCCAGGGCUACAAAACUGGAAGCACAGACUCCGGGAUGAGGAAGGGAAAGAUGGUGCUAUCUCCAAGUCCCUUCUGUCCCUCGCUGGUGGCUGUGACAACCCUUGCCUGGUGUUACUCAUCUCUGGGCUUUCUCCCUGAGUCCGCUCAGGCCCAUAGCUGACAUCUUCGCAUCCUUGUACCCUGCGGUGGUGGCUGCAGGCAUAACGAGUCCUCUCUGCCUGUGAGUAAAGUUGGGAAUAUUUACCCCAAAUCAGAGCUGAGGAAAUGACUGUUGGGGGGUGGAGCCCCCGCCUGACCAGCCCCUUCCCUGCUUGGCCCCAGCCAGGUGAGGGCAGAUGGAGGGCCUCGUACUGGGCGAUUUGGGGGAUAAGGGAGCAGUAUUAGAAACCUGGGGAGAGGUGCUUGUCCGUUCCAUUUCCUCUUGAUCUCAAAGCACAACAUGGAUUCUGGGACCAAAGGUCAGAGACCCAUCCUGUUGGAGGACCUGCGUUUGGGAGGGUGGUGAGAGGGGAGGAGGGCCUGGGGGAGCAAGAAAUAGCUUUUUUACUCAGCUUAAUUUUCCUUCCAAAACAAGGCAGGCCAGCCACCGGAAUCUUGCUGCCCGGCCCUCUGCUCCUCCCAUCCUAAAAAUAGGGGACCUUUUUUUAUACAACCCAGAGAGAGGAGGGACUUUCCUACUGGUGCUGAGGGACCCAGGGGCUGCUGGGAGUCCUUGUUCUUUCCAGAACCAUCCAUCCAUAGAAGAGCACAGAAUCUGAAGGCUGGGUUGGGGCCUUGGUCUUCUCUUAAAAUUCACAGAGGUCUUUUAGCCAAUAUCCCAGGAAAGAACAUAUAUCAAAGCCCGAAUGUGAAAAUAACGUUAGUGGACCAAUAAUAAAAUACAAGAAGUUCAAUGGUUAGAAAAGUGAAUUCUCUCAACACUGCUUCCUGUUUUCUUCCUCAUGUCCUUCUAGGGAAAACUACUUUAUUGCUUAAUUUCUGCCUUUUUCCCCCUUCACAUUUGCACUUUGGGCCUUUUUUUUUUUUCUUAAUAGCUGGAAAAAAAUACCACCUCACAGACCUGUAUUUAAAAAGAAACAGAAAUGACUAUGUGAAAUUUGCCUGUCCAAACAUUUCAUCCGUGUGUGUGUGUGAAACCAUCAUUCAUCUUUUUAUACGGGGUGGUUGUCUCUUCUUGGUCUGUUUGGUCCCCUCCCUUGUGGGCUUGUGCUUGGGAUCAAAUCCUUCUGGCCUGUUAUGAUUCUGAACGUUUGACUCCGACCACAAGUGAAUCUUUCUGGUGACUCAAAUAAAAGUCUAAUUUUUACCUGUG